AGAUAGAUAGAUAGAUAGAUAGAUAGAGAUAAAGAGAAAGAGAGAGAGAGAGAGAGAGAGAGAGGAGAAUAAGAAAGAUGAGGUUAGAAAGAUCAUCGGUUUUUGCGUAUUCGCUGUAUCGUAUCCGUGACGUAACAGAGCGGAACGUCGUUUCUUCGUUGUAUGCACAUAUUAUGCUGGCAAAGCCGAGCGAAACCGUGUUGGCAGCACUGAUGUCUGUUUGCGGAUGACUGUCAAAACCUACUUUCUCGACGAAGUCCACAGCUUUUCGUGUCGGAACGAAAGAAGACACGAUGAAUUUAUCCAAUUCGUAGAACAAGAAGUGUCGUGGGCCACGGUGUCGCGUGGAAGAGCGUUCCUUUAUUUGAAAAGAGUGAGUGAGUGCAAGCCCCGACCUUUGUUGUUCUCGUUUACUUCGUCUCGAGUCAUCGCUCGAUGGGUGUUGGGCCAUCGUGUCUUCUUCGGCGGAAAGGAAAACGGCACCGAUUCGAACGCGAGGAGAAAAGUUUACAACUUUCGCCCUCGCGUUUAUCGACGCGCGAAUCUCUCUUAACCUCUAUUAUUAUCCUUUGUUAAAUGCGCUUACAGUGGAGUGUUGGAGGUAGUGCAUGAGACUUCUCGUUCUCUCUUCUUCUACUCGCAUCCAUCCUUUUUUACGAGAACCAGCUGAUUGGAACCACUAUUCAAUGGAACUUAUAUAUGCCUGACAGCCAUCCUUUGAACAUCGACGCAUUACUUCAUCAGGUACUUUACUCUUUCGAUUGCUCAGCGAUCAUGUAUUUCUUCUAUUGCAUUCCUCUAUGCAAAACUUUUUUUCAACUUUAAGAUAUUGACAGUCAAUAUCGUCGCAACAAUUUUUGUUCCAUAAAUUUCAAUCAAAAUGCUUGCCCCAUGACCAAAAGUUUAUUAUGUAAAAAGUACAAGAUAACCAUAUCUGCCAAAGCAAGUUGAAUUCUAUACUAUAUGCUGUGAAGUGUAGUUUAUUGCUAUGUUACUAAAUAUCAUAAGUUUAUAUUCUGUUUAUUAUUAUGACCGAUACUGUUGUAAAACUGUGUGAAAAUAUUUAAAUUAAAUAUUGAUAACAUUGUGUAUGGUAGAGGUACAGAGUUCUCCCAAUCAAGAAUUAUUCAUUGAAGAUGAAUAACAGACUUGAAGAGGCAGAGUCAAAAUGGACUUGUGAAUAUUGUACGUAUGAGAAUUGGCCUUCAUCUUUGAAAUGCACAAUGUGUAGAGGUGCCAAGCCUUUAUUGGGUGAAGAUAUUUAUCGCUUACGUAAUACAAGUCCACAAAGGUCAGGAUCGAAUGUUGCUUCUGGCCCUGUAUCUCAUAUAAGUCCAACAGAUCCAUAUAAUCUAACCUCUCAGAACUAUAGUCACAAUGUACCAGCCGGAGGAAUGUGGUCAUGUGGCAUAUGUACGUAUCUCAAUUAUCAAAAUGCCUCGCGCUGUGUUCAAUGCAGUAAUAAGAAACCUGGUGGACAUAACCAAUCAAUACACUCUAUAGCUUCCAAUUUACAUGAGCAUCUAGCACCACUUAGAUUAGGAGAUCCUCCGUCUAAUUUAGGCUCAAAUUCUCAAGUAAAUCCACCGGCAAUAAAUUUGCAUCCUGAAAGGUACUAUAAUGUACAGACUAACGCUCAUCCAGAAAAAUGGUCCUGUCUUGUAUGUACUUAUGAAAAUUGGCCCAAAGCUACAAAAUGUGUUAUGUGUUUUCAUCCGAAAGAAAAAGACAAAAGAGAAAGAUCUGCAACAAAUGUAGGUUUAAUUUUACCAAGUCCUGAGAGAGAUCAUAAUCAACGUGGUUUACCUUCUCCACCUCACGCACCUUAUAUUCAUCAAACGCAACGAGAGGAGAAUUCUGCAAUUGCGAGAAGUACAAAAUGUGUUACUUUUUACAGAAGUUCACACAGAUUUACUGAUAGUAGAAAUGACAGUUUAUCAACACCACAAUCUCCUAAUAAUUGUGAUUAUGAACGUAGAUUGAAACAAUUAAGACGUCAUACCGAUUGGUGCUGGUUAAAUGCAUGUCUUGGUAUUGUUGAAGGUGAUAACGCACCUGUUGAAGCAUAUUUAGCAAGCGGUGGUGAUCCAGCUCGUCAAUUAACGCAUUCUGAAGUAUUGCUAUUAAACAGAAGUAGUGCUUUCGAUGUUGGACACACUUUAGUACAUUUGGCAAUCAGAUUUCAACGAGAAGAUAUUUUGGCUACAUUAUUAUCACAAAUCGAAGGUUCUGGUUCUGGUGUAAAAAGAGUACCUAGUUAUGUAGCACCUGAUUUGGCUGCUCAAAUACGUAGGCAUGUAAUGAAUAAUAUUCGUUUACGCAAGGGUUCUUUCUCUUGUUAUUUUGUUACUGAUAUGGCUACAUUUGCACUGCCUGCAGAGGUGGAAGAUUUACCAAGUAUAGUGCAAGAACAAAUGUUAGAGGAAUUAUUGGAUAAAGAAGCUCAACAACAGCUAGAAGGAGGUGGUGGCGAGCCACCUGCAUUAAAUUGGUCCUUAGAAAUUACAGAACGACUAGGCAGCCGUUUGCACGCACUUUGGAAUAGAUCUGCUGGAGAUUGUUUGUUAGACUCUGCUAUGCAAGCCACAUGGGGUGUUUUCGAUAGGGAUAAUGCUUUAAGAAGAGCUCUUGCCGAUUCUUUACAACAAGCAGGACAAUUUUUUUAUCCUCGAUGGAGAGAGUACGAGGCGUCGCAGGCUUCAAGAAUGUUAGAUUUUACUUUAGAAGAAACACAAUGGCAAGAAGAUUGGGAAAGUUUACUAGCAACAGCUGCUCAACCUGGCAGUGCCCUAGAACAAUUACAUGUAUUUGCACUUGCUCAUAUAUUAAGAAGACCUAUUAUUGUUUAUGGCGUUAAAUAUGUUAAAAGUUUUCGUGGGGAGGAUAUAGGUUACGCAAGGUUUGAAGGCGUUUAUCUUCCACUUUUAUGGGAACCUUCAUUUUGUAUUCGUUCUCCUAUAGCAUUGGGCUAUACACGUGGUCAUUUUACUGCUUUGGUUCCUAUAGAACCAUAUGCAUCAUCUAGAAUACCACCGAUUUCUUCUCACGGUGGAGGGAAUGGUCCAUUGCAACAAUUGCAAAUACAAAUGCAAACCACAUUUAUGCCAUUAAUGGACAGAGAGCAUAAAUUAUUACCGAUUCACUUCUUAAGUCCAGACGAAAUUGGACGAGAAGAGUCUAUUUUAAAAGACUGGCUUGACGUUUGUAGGACGGAAGGUGGUAUUCUCGUUGCACAGCAAAAAUUACACAAGAGGCCACUGCUUGUUGCACAAAUGUUAGAAGAAUGGCUCAAUCAUUAUCGCAGACUUGUUCAAACGAAUAAUGCACCAUUUUCAAGACCAGUUGCUUUACAAGAUUAUAGUAGCGAUGGUGAUACAGAAGACGAAUAAUAAAGUCCAGGCACUUGAUCAAUAACGAGAAUGUCCUUUUUCUAUAAUUUCGAUACCAAUGCCUCUAGAGUUAUAACGCAAGAUCUAUAUGAUCUGAAGUUUAUAAAAAUAUUUGAAGAAAAAAAUUUGACUUAAUAUCAUAAUAGCAUGCACAACGUUAUACGAAUACGGUCCUUUCACAAUAUCUUUCUACUAUAUCAAAUUUUCUGAUUCUCUAUUUGAUUAAUCUUUGUUAUAACAAUAGUUAAUUGAGGAUGUUCUUGGAUUUAUCAAGACAUUUUAAAAAGAAAUUACGUAUAAGUGUGAUAUAGUAUAUAUCGUCAAUUACAAAAUUAAGGUUUUACAGUGAUAUUAUCGUUUGCACAAUUUCGCAUAGUAUAGUAUAAAAAACUUCAAUGAAUUAUUCAAGAAUAUUAUGUGAAAACGAAACUAUGGAUCAAGGAUAUCUCGUUUUCUUUUUCUUUUCUUUUUUUUUUUUUUUGGAGUAGUGUCCUAUCGAUAAUAAUGAUAUACCUACAAGUCAUAGCCAUAAAUCUCAUAUAUGUUUACAAAUUUACAAAACCAUCUCUCUCUUCAUCGGAGUGUGUAUAAAAAGAAACGUUUGAUGGUUCUAAUACAGACCAUGUGAUCAUUAAUUAAAACUAGUAUUACAAAAAGAAAAAUUCAUGUGUAUAGCUGUCUUUGAAUCAAGUUAACUAUGAGCUGCGUUAAUUAAUGAUGAAGCUGGAUACAACGACAUGUUUCUUCAGUGAGAGAGACAGGGUAGAACGUUGUGUUUCUUUCUAUGGUUGCUCCUGGUGUGUUAACGCAAUGUGAUACCAAUUGAAAACCGUACUUUUCUCCGUAUGUAAAACUUGUGAGCGUGAAUGAAUUAAUUAUACUUUAGUAGUGUCGCAAUGAUUAAGACAGUUUAACGUUACUGAGAGUAGAGAGCUUUUUUAAAGCGAUAAGGACUAAAAAGAAACAAAAGUAGUUCUACUUAAGGAUUAAGAUUAUAUCUGGUACACACACCAAUGAUAUAUGAUGUAUUUGCAGAUAAAGAGCAAAGAUUUACGAUAUAUUUGGCUCGGCCAAACGAUUAACCCUAAUCAAAAAGUACAAAAAAUCGUAAAAGGAAAAGUCAUUUCUUUAUAAAUGUUAAACUAUUCGCUUAAAUUUAGUCUUCGUUUUUACUAAUCCUAAUGUAGUGUCUAGUCCUUUUAGCACUGUCAUUUUUCUAAUCGCACCGUGACGUGUGUGAUCUACCCCACUGUGUUAUUAUGGAAAAGGUAUGAUACGUUUGAAAGACACAUACACAUGUGUCAAUAUUUGAAUAUUAACAAGGAAUGUGUGUCCUGUUUCGUAAAAGUAAAAAUGGAAGAAUUUUGUUAUUGUUCUCUAUUUCUUUUGUUCUUUUUUUUUUUUUUCUUUCUUUCCUAAUCGCAAUGAUAUUAACUUCCUUUGUUAGAUAACAAAAAAAGCGUUACAUUUUCUCUUUAACUUUGUGCCGUUUCACGCGGCAUUCUCCACGUGACGUGAGUAAAAUAUUAAUAAUGAUGCUGUGCAGUUGUAUUUCAUUUUCGAUAAGUGUUUUUUGCUCGUUGCCAGGAUUUAUAAGGCAAGUGAUAAAUAUAAAGUUUUAAAAAUUUAAUCGAUGCAAAUAGAAUUCUAUAUUAAUAUAGAGUAUAUAUUAUAUAGAUUAUAUUAAAUAAUAUAUCGAUGUACAAUAAUUCUAAAUAAUGAUUUAUUAUUAUGAUCAUGGCAUCGCUAUCAUCAUUAUCGUCGUCAUAAUCAUAAUGUUGUCAUCAUAAUUUACCAUCGUCGUCACCAUCAUUAUUAUUAUUAUUAUUAUUAUUAUUAUUAUUAUCAUUAUUAUUAUUAUUAUUACUGCUGCUAUUCUACUACUAUUAUUAUUACCGUCAUUAUUACUAUUACUACUAUUACUACUACUAUUACUACAAAGAUUAUACGAGUCGUAAUAAGAAAUAUUGAGUUAAAUCAAUAAAAACAGAGGUUCUAUUCUCGAUUUCGUGCGGAUUUGUUUGGUAUUAGCUUGUUAUUUAUUUAUUAUUAUUAUCUUUUUUUUUUUUUUUAUUUGUGAUUAUGAUCUGCUCUAAUUGCAAAAUCAUAUGAAUGUAUGCAUGCGUGUGAUGUACAUAAAACAGUUAGUUGCAUGAAUUUGAGAAUAGGUACACUCUGGCCCAUUUAAUACCUCUUA